AUAAAAAUGGACACUUUUGGAGAGAGAAAAACUGGCAAAAAGACACAACUUCUCACAAAUUCCAUAUUCCACUUAGGGGUGAAGGACAACAAACAAUAACGACAAAAAGGACCCCCCGCGCAUUGUCGACAACGUAGCCAUGAAGAAGCCCUUUAAAAGACAGAAACUUUUUAUUAAGAUCAAUUUUUUUUUUUGUUUUUUUGUUUUUUUUUUCAGUUUUUUAAGUGAAAGAAAGAAAUAGAGAGAGAAACAGAGGAAGCCCAUGAACCAAUGGACAGCUCUGAUAUUGCACCGAGUGAUUGAAGAAGCUUUCUUUGGAAUUUCCAUGGAUUUCCAGAUGGGUUCUUGAUUAAUUGCAAAACCCAGCCUCUUCCUUUUCAUGGUUGACAAGAUACAUAUGCUUAAAUUUUUUACCCUCUAGAGUCUAGUCAAUUCUGUGAACGAUCCUGAUUCCUUCUUUCCUUGACACCAAUAUCAUCUUCCUUUGUUCCCCAAUACCAAACUUGUUCUGGUUUUGUUACAUGGCCCCAGUGUUUCAAGAUGAAGGGUCAUCAUCUGUGACUUCAUCUCCUCUCCAAUUCUUUUCCAUGAUGUCGCUUUCACCUACCAUAGGUUCACCAUAUCCAUGGCUUAGGGAGCUAAAAUCCGAGGAGAGGGGUUUGUAUUUGAUACACUUGUUGAUAACUUGUGCAAAUCAUGUGGCUGCUGGUAACCUUGAGAAUGCAAAUAUUGCUCUUGAGCAAAUUUCCCACCUAGCCUCCCCUGACGGUGAUACAAUGCAGCGGAUUGCUGCAUAUUUUACUGAGGCUCUUGCCGAUCGUAUCCUCAAAACUUGGCCUGGUCUUCACAAGGCUCUCAAUUCAACGAGAAUGUCAUUGCUUUCAGAAGAAAUUCUUGUUCGGAAAGUGUUUUUUGAGCUCUUUCCAUUCCUGAAGGUGGCUUUUGUGCUCACGAACCAAGCUAUUACUGAAGCCAUGGAAGGGGAAAAGAUGGUCCAUAUAAUAGAUCUUAAUGUAUCUGAACCUGCAAAGUGGAUUGCACUUCUUCAGGUUUUGAGUGCAAGGCCUGAAGGUCCACCCCAUUUGAGAAUUACUGGGGUUCAUCAACAGAGAGAGGUACUAGAUCAAAUGGCUCACAGACUAACAGAAGAAGCAGAAAAGUUGGAUAUCCCAUUUCAGUUUAAUCCCAUAGUCAGCAAAUUAGAAAAUCUUGAUGUUGAACAACUGCGUGUCAAAACUGGUGAGGCUCUAGCUAUCAGCUCUGAUCUUCAAUUGCACUCCCUUUUGGCUUCUGAUGAUGAACUUCUGAGAAAGAAAUCUCCUUUACCAUCGAAGACCAUAAAUGGAACUCACUUAUCUAGGGUCCUUCAAAUGAAUCAAAGCACAUUGGGAGAGCUGCUAGAGAAAGAUUUGGUUAACGGUUAUAGCCCAAGUCCUGACUCAGCCUCAUCAUCGCCCCUAUCUCUAACCACAUCAGUGAAGAUGGAGAGCUUUCUUAAUUCCUUGUGGGGUUUAACACCAAAGAUCAUGGUAAUAACAGAACAAGAUUCUAACCAUAAUGGAUCGUCUCUAAUGGAGAGGCUAUUGGAAGCUCUGUACUCGUAUGCUGCACUGUUUGAUUGUCUGGAAUCUACUAUGACAAGAACAUCGGUGGAAAGAUUAAAGGUGGAGAAGAUGCUUUUUGGGGAGGAAAUAAAGAACAUCAUAGCAUGCGAAGGUGCUGAGAGGAAAGAAAGACAUGAGAAGCUUGACAAGUGGAUUCAAAGGCUUGAUUCGGCUGGAUUUGGAAAUGUACCUCUAAGCUAUUAUGGUAUGCUGCAGGCAAGGAGGUUGUUACAGGGUUACGGUUGUGAUGGGUAUAGGAUCAAGGAAGAGAGUGGUAGCGUGUUGAUUUGCUGGCAAGAUCGGCCCUUAUUUUCAAUAUCAGCGUGGAGGUGUAGGAAGUAAGACAUGAAAUACUGAUUAGUGUUUGACCAUUUUUCUUUUUCCUUGAAGAAUUUAUUCAUGGUUGGUGAAUACUGUUAGGAGUGACAUGAAGGCCCACUUCUUACCAGAAGAAAGAAAAGAAGACAAUGGUGGCUUCCUUCUCCUAGUCCUAUCUAUUAUGCAUUUGUUUAAUUUUUCUCAUCUUAUAUCAACAAUACUGACAUUUUUAUGUGUGUAUGUACAUGUUCAUGCUUUUGAGUUCUUGUGUUUUGAACAUUCCGUAUCUAAUAGAAUGUGAUACUCCACCGUUGGUGUGUGCGCUUAUAAGCUUAUGUUUUCA